GCUGUUAAAAGAAAGCCUCGGGGGAAACUCUAAGACAGCCAUGAUCGCCACACUGAGUCCAGCAGGCAGCAAUGUGGAGGAAAGUCUAAGCACCCUCCGCUAUGCCCAGCAGGCCCGGACAAUCAUCAAUGUUGCCAAGGUCAAUGAAGACACCAGUGCAAAGCUCAUCAGAGAGCUGAAGGCGGAGGUGGAGAAGCUGCGAGCGGCCCAGAUGAGCUCACAGGGGAUUGAACCAGAGAGUGUCCGGCUGUUCCUGCAGGAGAUCACUGCCCUGAAGACUAAACUCUGUCAGCAAGAGAGAGAGAUGGUCGAGGCCAACCG